AGCAGCUGGUUUAAAAUUGUCAUUUGAACACAGGUUCAGCCCGUACUUCACACAUAACUACGCAGUUUCCGCUCGCCGCAGUCGAUAGUAGACACAAUAAACUCCAGCCGCCUUGCUGAUUGUCUGGGAGCAGGUGGACCAUGUCGAAUACAUCAAUUCGCCCCAUUCCCACGCUAAAGGGCAUCUUUUCGGUGCCGCGCGUCACACAGUCCCGAAACUUCCUCAAGGAAAACAAGGUGAGCCUGCGAUCGCUGGAGAAGACCACCAGUCAGAAGUUGGCCGCCAAGGAGCCAGUGCGUCCCAAAUGGAUGCCACCGCUGCGACGCUCUUCCUCCGAGUUGAGGGAGCCGAAGGCGGACAGGCCACCGGCCAGGGCCAAGAUCGGGCAUCAGAACACCCUGCAGGGCACUCGGAGCAACUCCCGUUCCCAGCACCAACUGGCACUGGCAAUUCCGGCCGAGGGGGAACGCUUCGACGGACUGGAGGAGCGCAAUCCCGCCUUGUAUGACCCGUCGGAGAAUGUGGAGGCGGAGAGCCUCCUAGAGCCGUCAUCAGACCCACCAUCCGAUCGCUGCCAAUCCUGCGGCACCAAUCGCAGCUCCACCAGCAUCGCCAUUCAGACCGAGGACAUUACUGACGAGGUGUACCUCACCAAUGCACUGAAAAAAUGCAGUUUCGAUGGUGGAUCUGUAAUCGAGGCGCCACUCACAAAGUACGAGGACAACCGCAAACCCAUGCAGUAUGAAAACGAGGAGGACUUGGAGCAGCUGCCGCUCUCUGCCCGCUCCAACUCCUCGAAGCAGAGCCGCUUCCACAUGUCCGAGCUCGAGGCCGAGCCCAUCAACUACGGCGCCUCGGACGACGAGGCACCACUCAGCGCCCGUAGUCGCUUCACAACGGCCUCUAAUGUCACCACCAUCACCUCCAAGUCGAAGCGUCGUGAGCACAAACUGGGAUCUCGGGAUGAGGUGCGCUUGCCGCGAUACUUGGAGAAACAGAAGCGCGAAAAGGCCGUGGCCAAGCAAAUUGCAGAUGCGAAGGAUCCCGACUGUCCACAUGGCCAUGUGUUGCUCAGCGAUCAAGAUCGACUGACCCACCUUACCAACGCCCAGAAGCGCUACGAACAGCUCGUCGAUGAGCUAAAUCACAUGCCCAUGACUGCACAGACUUUGCGUGUGCGCAACCGCAAGGCUGAGAUCGACAAGGAGCUGACCACCGUGGAGGAGGACAUCCGCAUCUACUCCAAGGCGAAGGUCUUUGUGCUGGCCAACAAGUCGCGCCAACUGUGAGACCUCGUGUAGCCCCAAGAAACUUGAAGCACUCCAUCAACUGACUGACUAAGCUACUGGGAACUAGGAUUUCCAAAACGAGUGUUCCUUUGAAAACAUGCCUUACGUUAAUUAUAUAUUUUUUAGCUGAGCCUUGGAUCGCAGGCAGUUCCGAAAACAUUCUGCCCAGCUCAACAAGUGAUCCCAACGGCCAGCCACUACAGUUACAGAUUAAAAGCCGCUCAUCAAACUCACCUCCAUGCUCUCAUCCACCUGGUUGUUGUUGUUCUUGUCCUCGGUUUCCCCAGGCCGUUGUCUCACUGCCCCAUUGCUAUCCUGGAGCUCGGCAUCGCUGUGGCUUGACUUGGUUUUUGGGGAGUCCUCUGGGUCGAUCUUGUACUCCUUCAUCAGGUACAUGGCUGCAUCCGAAUGCGGCGGGCUCUUCAAAAAGCGAGCUGUCAUGUCCGCGUUCUUGAGGCCCUUCAGGGUAUUCAGACCCCCCGGAUGCUUGUGCAUGAACUUGGACAAGUCGUAGUACUGCUGGCGGUAUUUCACGAUGAACUUGUCGUUCGCUUCCGCUUCCUUGUGCAUUUCCAUGUCAAAGGGCUUCGAUUUGGCAACUGCAGAGCAUAUUAUAGU